CUUCAUCUCCUCCUCAAUAUAAUAAUACACAUCCCUACUCCUUUCUCCAUGUCAAUGAUGUUAUAUAUAUGCAUAUGACUUGCAAGCUUGGUAACACAACACUGCUAAACCAAGCAAAUGCACAAAACCUUUCUCGAUUUUGAUAUAAUAGUUCCUUACUCUUGAACCAUUACAACCAUUCAGUUUGUUUUCAUUUCCAAUCAUCUCUAUUUAUACACAGCAGGUUCUUUGUUUUUCUUGUUUAUUGUGCUGGUUUUUCUGUAUAAAAGAUGAUGAUGGAGGCUCAGGGAGAAGUUUCGUGUAAAGAUCAUUUGGGAAUUAUGAAGGGUAAGCGCACAAAGCGUCAGAGGUCUCUGUCUCCCCUCACUCUGGCCAUGGCUUCGAGUUCUUGCAGUGACGGGGAAAGUGAGGGCGAGUUGGGUGGGAGAAAUUACAGUGAUGUUGAUAAUGAUCGUGCGGUUGUGUCGUCGUCUCCGGUAACAUCGGGUGAGUUAGCGGAGAGCACAGAGGAGGAGGAAGACAUGGCCAAUUGUUUGAUGCUUUUGGCCCAAGGGCAAAGGCCAAAAACAGAACCGCCGACCAGCACAGCAGGGUGCGUUUACCAGUGUAAAACGUGUGACCGAUGCUUCCCAUCGUUCCAAGCACUCGGCGGACACAGAGCGAGUCACAAGAAACCGAAGGUGGUUGGAAACAACGAAGAGAAGAAGGCGUUGAAUUUUGGGGAAGAGGAGGAUGAUCCAUUGCAAUUCAACAUGAGCACCGCCCUUUCUCUGCAAAUUCCAAACAGGGUUUUAUGCAACGGUACCAGAAAAGCCAGUAAGAUUCACGAGUGUUCCGUCUGCGGUGCCGAGUUCUCCUCCGGUCAAGCUCUCGGCGGUCACAUGCGGCGGCACAGAACGUUUGCCAACCCAACAACGGUGGCAGCCUCGAGUGUUGGUACUACAAGUAGUCCUGAAUCACAAGCGUCAAAGAAAUCCAGAAAUCUUCUGCAAUUGGAUCUUAAUCUUCCUGCCCCAGAAGAGGAAUCCAAAUUUUCAAUCGGUUCCAAAGAAAAGUUACUUGUGUUCUCAGCAUCCUCUUUGGUUGAUUGCCAUUAUUAGUAGAAAUUAAUUGUAUAAUUAUGUAUUGAUCAAUUAUUAACAGUAUUAUUAUUUGAGUACAAUAGAUGAAUAUAAAUUAGUAAUUCUUUC